AUGGUCAGGCAGCUUCCCCGUCAGUACACGCAGCGCAUGCUGCUUCAGGAGGUGGUCCGCCGGGGCUUUGAAGGACUCUUUGACUUCCUUUACCUCCCGUAUGAUUUCAAGAAGGGCAUCAAUGUGGGCUAUGGCUUCAUCAAUUUUACGGAGCCAGAGUACGCUUUGCAAUUCCGUGACUCUCUGGAUGGACAGUACUUGGACAAGUACAUGAGGAUGAAGGGCAAGGCGGUCCGCGUGCAUCCUGCUCAGGUUCAGGGCUAUGAG